CAGGACUGACCAUGACUCCUUACUCCUGUAUAAAAACUCCCAGAGCAGAAAUAUGAUCACAUACUAAUUGAUUCUAGCCUCCUCACUGAUCUUAUCUAAAAUAGGAGAUAGAUAAUGGAAUUGCUUUUCCUUGUUCUGCUCUCUCUGCACGUUGCCAAGACAGCAACAGAAGGUGACAAAGAAUGGUGCUACCUAUCACAAAAAUGGACUCAGUCUGAAUGUGCAGAGCCCGGUGUCUGGGAUACAGUGAAUGAGGAGUGUGGAAAAAAGGAACAGUCACCUAUCAAUAUUGUCACCAACAAAGUGAAGUACAAAGAGGACCUGAAACCAUUUACUUUUGAAGGCUAUAAUACCAAUCAGUCCUCCCCUUGGCGCAUAGAAAAUAAUGGGCAUACGGUUAAAGUAUCUCUUAGCGGGUCAGCAAAGAUUGGAGGUGGAGGUCUUCGAAAUAAAUACAAUGCGAUCGAGUUUCACUUCCACUGGGGCACAAGCAAAGGAUUCAGCCCUGGAUCGGAACACAGCAUAGAUGGAGAGAGAUACGCUAUGGAGCUUCAUAUAGUCCACAGGAAAGAGGGUUUCUCCACUACAGAGCAGGCAGUGACUGAUAAAGAAGGUCUGGCCGUACUGGGGUUCUUUAUAAAGACCGGUGCAAAAAAUGAAAACUAUGAACCUCUAAUAGAGAUGUUAAAUGAAGUUGCUCUCAAAGGGUCUCAAAAAAAUAUGACAUCUUUGCCCCUGGAAUCGCUCAUUCCAGCUAAAGUGAAUCUCACACGUUAUUAUCGGUACAAUGGCUCACUGACCACGCCCAACUGCAACCAGGCUGUCGUCUGGACAAUAUUUCAGGAGCCCAUCGUACUGAAGGAAAGUCAGGUGGAGAACUUCUUGGAGACGCUUUACUUCACUAAGAAUAAAACAUUACUCAUGACCGACAAUUUCCGACCUGUUCAACCUCUCAAUGACAGAAUCGUGUACCGCUCUGAUGUCAGUGUCGUCCAGCCUCCUGCAAAGGCUUUAUUGGUGGUCCCAACACUUAUCUACGUCAUGAGUCUUCUUUUCCAAUGAACACUCGCCAUCCAAUACCAGGUUCUGCGGAGGUUAAUUUUUUGUUUCAAGCACUUUUCUCCAGUUGAGAAGCCCUAGACUACAGCUGAUUUUACAACAUAGCCUUGGUGUUUUUCCUAACACUUAUCAAUAGGAAUCUUAUAUAUAUAUAUAUAUAUAUAUAUAUAUAUAUAUAUGGCUGUCGAUUAAUCACAGUUAAUCCACGCGAUUAACUAAAAAAAUUAUUUGCUAUUUUAAAUAAUUAAUCACAAUUAAUCGCAGUUUUAAUCACACUGUUAAACAAUAAUAAAAUACCAAUUGAAAAUUAUUAUAAAUAUUUUUGGAUGUUUUUCUACAUUUUCAACUAUAUUGAUUUCAAUUAUGACAGAAUAUAAAGUGUA